AUGGAAUACAUGGACGAACAGUCCAUAGAUCCAAAUUUAAUAUGCAGCAUUUGUCAUAAAGCUCUUAAAGAUCCAGUUUGCACACCAUGCGAUCAUACAUAUGGUCGCGAGUGUAUCACACAAUGGCUUAAUCAAAACGACAAGAGUUCAUGUCCAAUGUGUCUUAAAAAGCCCAUAUCAAUCAAUGAACUUACACAAGCCAGCCGUCCUUUAAGAAAUAUGCUUGAUCAAAUUCGUGUUCAGUGCACAUUGUGUGCACAAACUGGUCUACAACGUGGAAGCUUUGUGGAUCAUGUCAACAAGAUUUGUCCAAAAUCAGUAGUUCCAUGUCAAGCUGCUGAUAUUAAAUGUCCCUGGAAAGGGCCACGUGAUGAAUUACAAAGUCAUCUCUUAACAUGUGUUUUUGAACCUUUACGACCAGUAUUAUCUUCAUUGAUUGCUCAAAAUCGACAACUGAUCGAUCAAGUUCAAAAACAUGAUAACGAAAUAAAAAAACUAAUACAACAGAUGCAUCAGUUGCAACCAAGUAAGUGAAUGUUUUUUGUUAAUUUUUAAAGCAAGCUUUCUUCAUAUACGAUUGCUAUGGCUUUAGCAGCAACAAAUGAAUCCAACGAUGAAAGUGAUGCUUCAUCAGUCUCAGAAUUCUCAAUUGAUGAUUCAAAUCAGAAAGAAGAAGACGCCAUAUUCAUAAGAAAUCUUCCUGCUACUAUCAAAUUUAACGAUUUAUUUGAUUUGUUUUCAAAAAUUGGACGUAUCAAGGUACACCGAGCAUUUUCAUAUAUAGAAAUGUAUGAAAAGUUUAGAUACUUGCAUUUAAUAUCAAAUGUAUUCUAUGCAAUAGAUGAAUAGAAUGCAUGUAAACAUGAUUAAAUGUUGCAUUAAGCAAAUAUCUAGUUUUACUCAUCAUUGUGAUUCGCACUAAAGAAGAAACAUGAGAUUAUUACUGUUUUUGCUUUUUUCUUGACGAUAAUCGUUGUAUUCUUUGUUUCCGUGCAAAGAUUUUGCCAAAAUGAAAGCUAUUUGUAUUUAUCCUACUUGACGCAGAUAAUUUAAUGUAUAAAAUUAGUUGAAUACAACAUAACUUGAUAUACUUAGAGCACACCAAAAGUACUGACGCCAUUAUCUUAUGCCUUUAGUAGAAAGCUUUAAUGAAUUUUCUUUUUUCAUGUAUUGAUAGAAAAAAUGACGCUCUAUUUUUCUGUUCUAUUUGAUCACUCUUCAACUAAUCUCAUAAUAAUAAAAUUUCGACAAGAACUGUUUUUGUAUACAACAUCACUAAUAUGUGAGGUCGAUUAAAUGGCCACGCUUUGCAUUCCAGUUUUCAAUCACUAAAUAGGUUGUAUCAAAAAAAUAAAAUAAACCACUCGAUACAGCAUGAAAAGCUCUACCAUUUACGUAAGACCGCUUAUUUUAUAGUUGCACUUUUUGUUCUCAUAAUAAGCGAAAUUUUCAGCGAUCGAUUUUCGGCCUUACAAAAGCGACAUCUUUUUUUGGUACAAGAUCAAUUCAUUUUUGCUUAUUUUCAUCUCUUUACCAUCUGAUAUCUGUUAUUUCCAAAAACACAAUAGAUCAAAAGAUGCAACGCAAAAAGCCCUACAACCCGUAUCAGAUCGCUUAUGUUAAUUGCGUACUUCUCGUUUCCAAAAAAAGUAAAAUUUCUCCGACUAUACAAAAAAAAUCAUUUUUUUCUAUAAGAAAAUUUCUUGUUUUUUAUCUGAAAUAUAAAAUAAGCUGAUCUUUAAAAAUUGUAGAGCUUUUCACGCUGCAUCUAGUGGUAUACUUUGUUUUUUAAUACAAUUUAUUGAAUGAUUGAAAACUGAAAGACAAAAGAUACAAAGUGUGGCCGCAUAAUCUGACUCACAAAUUAGUGAAGAUGUACACAAAAACAGUUCUUAUCGAAAUUUUAUUAUUAUGAGAUUAGUUGAAGAGUGAUCAAAUAGAACAGAAAGAUAGAGCGUCGUUUUCUCUAUCACUACAUAAAAAAAUAAAAUUUAUUAAAGCUUUCUACUAAAGACAUAAGAUAAUGACGUCACUACUUUUGGUAUGUCCUAAGUAUAAAUACGUUCGAAGAUCAGUCCUAUUGCUAAAAACUUAAUAAACAGGUGCUUGCUCAUGACUUAUAUUUUAACAUUCUUUUAGUAUAAUGCAAACAAUAAACAGGUCGAAAUAUUUAUUUUUAAAAAUUCAAACAAAGGGAACAGCCCAUGUAGCGCAAAAAUAGUUUUUAUCAACAAGGAAUCAGCCGCUGCUGCAGUUGUGGAAUAUAAUGGUAUGUAAUAUCUUUAAAAUAUAUAAUGGAAUUAUCUAGUUUUUUUUAUAUCUAGGUAAACAUAUUCCACAAUGGAAUACACGUCUUCAAGUUAAUAUAUCACAUUCAAAGAAAAGAAACUUGAAUGAAGUGGGAAAAACAGAUAAUCGUAAAUAGAUAUGAUGAUUCGUAUAGAUAGUACAGUUUAUACUCAUUUAGAAGGAAACACUAGCGGGUGUCAAGCUAAAGUAAUGGAAGGUCGUGAGAACUCUUCAAACAAAAAUAAAAAAAGCUCAACAGCCGUUGAUCAACCAGAAUUAUAUACCGACGCAAAUCAGGCAACAGCGAACAAAAAAACACGGUCUGUUUAAGAAAAAGAUUGAAAACGAAAAUUCAUACUUUAUAUUUUUCAAUAGUCGGCGACGACAUCCUCGUGAUACCGAAAAACCAACAAGUUAAACCCAACGUCGUCAUUCAAAUAACAUUGAACUAAAGAAAAAAAAUUUAAUUAUUGAUGCAUUGUUAUUAUACGUUUUCCGCUUCGUAACAAAGUCUUAUUCCGCUUAGCUCUAGCCAAUUUUCACAUAUUUUAAACAUAUCAAUCAAGAAGUCCAAAAGGUAUGAUCGAAAAAGGCAGAACGGAAAAAUAUCCAAAAACGAAAAUGUGCGAUGAAGAUGUGGAUGUAAGAUUCAGGCGGAGACUGUGGGAGAUUUGUACUUGACUACAUUCUCAUUUUCAAUAUUUCUAUCUAGCGGCAUUUGUAUUAUUUUCGCGUUCGACACUUUUCCUUUCUGCCUUUUUCCAUCCAUUCGUCAGAAAUAAUUUGAAUUUUUGCGAAAUGUUUUUAUUAUUUCUAUUUUGAAAUAACUCACACGUAUCUUACAAGAAUAUUUAUUUUUCUUCAACUUAUUUAUUAGAAAUUUAUGCUCAUGAAUAGGCAUUAAACUACUUUGAUUAAUAAUUUUUUCCU